GUGUGGGGUGUGGGGGGGAGUGGCGGUGAGGCCUCUCUCGGUCUCUCUCGGUGUCUCUGCCCCGCGAUGGCCACGUUUUUCGGGGAGGUGCUGCCGGUCUUCUCUCGGGCCGUGAGGGAGGAGGAGGAGGAGGGCCGCGAGGCCGCGAGUCACAGAGAGGUUCGCGUCCAGUGGCUUCCGGAGAACCAGGGGGCGACGGGAAGCUGCGCGGGUCGGUGUCCGCCGCGCUCCGCCCUGAUCGUGGCUGUGGGGCCCAACGCCGUGGGGUUUGUCAACGCUUUUGUACAAAGUGCUGGCGACUGGGAGGUUAUCGGAACGGUGACUUUGUGGAACGAGGCCGUCGAAGGGACAAAGAACCUGGCCCAGGAGUUCCCAACGGACUCGUCCUGUCUUCUGUACCGGCUGACCUCAAACCCCAACAUCUUAACCUGUCAUUGUAGUGACGUCGUGCCCGAGGAUCAGCUCUUCCAGUGGACCGACAAGGUCUUUGCAAGUCUCCAGAAACAGAAUUUAAAUGUGAUUGUGCUGUCAAACUGCUCGAUGGCUGAGUACAAGUCAGCCGAACCCGUCUCCGGUUUGGUCAUGCCUUUCCUCCGCGCUCUGAAGACAAAAGAGUUCAAAGACAGUCUAUGCUGUCCGCUCCUGGAGCAACCCAACAUAAUCACUGGGCUCCCUGCGGCAGUUCUGAGCUACUGCCAGGUGUGGCAUAUACCCGCGGUUGUAUAUCAGUGCCACAGCAAUGUCACCCACCUGGACUCGGAGACGAUAGGAGCCUUCAAGCCUCUCCUGUCCUGCCACAUUGCAGUUCCCUUCGAGAAGGAUAUCUCUCGGAGCGCUGAAAUACUGAAGAAACUGUUCGAGAAUUUCAAUGUCCAAAGCAACCUGUACACAUGAGAGAGAAUGUCUUCUUGCAUAUCUUAACCUCCUGUCCUUCACAACCCUGGGUUUAGCAAUGUUUUCCCGGAAGCAAAAGUAUCAUUUGAUAUUCAGUGUAUUUUAUUGUAUUUCGUGGUAAAUAAAAAAAAUAGUUUUC